AUGAUGAGCAGGGAUAUGGGGGAAGGUGUUUUCAACUCCCGCAAACAAGCACUUAGUUUGGAUCUCAGGCCCACUCAAUUACAUUCGUCCAUGACAAUAAAGAAAGAGGAUGUUCGUGAUAGAGAAGCACAAGCGCAAUAUACGCAAGGAUUUCUUGACGCCUUACGAAGUGUACAUAAUUUGAAUAAUUUUGAUUUCGAUUCCAAGAAUGUGUUAUACUCACCAAGUGACACCAAUAUGUUAAGUGAGAUACUUACUCCAGGUCCUCAAUUGCCUCCAACAACAGCCGGUGAACUACAAGCCAUUUUGUCAGCAUUGGCUACUACUCCAAGCGUUCCACAAGCACAAAACUUCCAAGCUUCUUUUCCCGGCACAACAACACAGUUUUCCAAUACAUUUAAUGUCCUACCUGGUACUUCCAUGACUGCCUUGACAGCAUCUCUUUCUCCUACAACCACAACAUCGAGUGUCAAUACACCUAAAAUAUCAUCAGAAAACUUAGAAGCUCGCCUUCUUGCGUCUGUUUCUAAUCUAGAAUCCGAUAGGAUAGAUACCAAUAUAGAUAUAAGAGGAGAUCCAUCAGAAGACUCAACUGAUAAUGCUUCAGAAAGAUCACGAUCAUCUUCAGUAGCGUUAUCGCACGGAAAGGAUUACAAAGAGAUGUCGAUUGAUGACCAGGAGCAAAAGAAAUUGGAACGAAAACGUGCUAGAAAUCGAGCAGCAGCAUCUAAAUGUCGUCAAAAGAAAAUGGAUAAGAUAGCUGAGCUUGAGACUCAAGUGAGCUCUGAAAAACAACGCGGACAUAAUUUGGAUGUUGAAAUUCAACAAUUGCGUGAAACGCUCGCGCAACUUGAGCAUCUGUUGGACAGUCAGCGAAUCCGUCGACCAGCUAUUUAA